AUGUCGGUUCCUGAGCUAACCCACGUGCCUCUCGGGCCCUUUGACCACUGGGUCCCCCGUGGCUAUUUCCACGUCGCGCAUUACCUGCCGCUCAAGACCGGCGUCACGGUCGCGCAGGCCUUCGACCUCCUCCACGAAGGUCUGCACCGCGUCUUCGUCGAGCAGCCCUGGCUUGAUGGACAGGUGGGCGCCCAGGCCCCAUCGACGCCGGGUUGGCGACCGGGGCAGCUCGAAAUCCGCCACCGGCCGACCAUUACCGCCGACGGACCAAGGCCGAGGCAGCUGCGGCUCAAGGAGCUCGCCACCGAUCUCGACUACGAGACGCUCCGAGAGCUUGGUUUUCCGCUUGAUGCCUUCAGCGAUGCAGAACUGGCCCCUUAUGGACCAGAUUCCUUCGCCACCGAUCCUGCGACGGCCCCCUGCGACGUGUUCGCCGCCCAGGCCAACUUUCUACCCGGCGGGUGCCUCCUCGUGGCCGCGAUCCACCACGUCGUGUGCGACGAGGGCUCGUUCUUCCGUAUCCUGAACCUCUGGGGUGGGCACUGCGCGUCGCUCCAGACGGGUGCCCCGCCGCCCGAGCCUCUCCCGGCCGGCAGUCUUGAUCGGCGCAUUCUGCGCGAGAUAUGGGAAAAGGAGAAGCCAGCGAAGACCGACCCCGAGGGCUGGCGGCUCAUCGGGCUUGACCCCCGUGGUUUCCAGGCGGAUGCCCAACUCCAUGCUGAGCAACCACCUCUGCCGCCACCCCCUGCGAAGCCUGCCCAUGUGACAAAUACAGGAGGUGAGCGGAAGAUGAAGUCGGGCGUGUUCUACGUGUCCCCCGAGCGGUUCGCGGCGCUAGGCAAGGACGUGGCGGGGGAAGUCGGUGCAGAGAGCCGCGUUACGGUGAACGACGCCAUCGCCGCCCUCCUCUGGCGUUGCCUCAUGCGAGCUCGCGCGGCGGCCAUGCGGGCACAGGGUGUGAGCAUUGCCGAUGCGCGGGGGGUGCUCCUUCAAAUCAACGACGGGCGCGGCAAUUACUCGCCGGCGAUGCCGCAAACGUACAUCGGCAACCUUGCCUACCACGCCAUCUCAACGCUCCCUCUGGAGAAGCUAGUCGAUCCCAAGACGCCCCUCGGCACCGUGGCGGCCUUGCUGCGCCGGAACUGGGAAGCCGUCAGCUCGGCAGACCUGCUGAACAUGUUUAGCCUGGUCGACGCCCUCUCGAGCUACGAUGAGCUAGGUCGUGCACACCCGGCCAUGGGAGCCGCCGACGGCACGUUGCUGCAGUUCAUCUCGUCGCUCAUCGGCGUGUCCAUGGACAGCAUGUGUUUUGGCGACGGGCCCGUGUUUGCCAACAGGGGCUUCGUAGAGGCGCUGCGCCCGCUCCUCGACGCCUACAUUCCCGCCGCCAGACUGUGCAACAUCUUGCCGAGACACAUGACGGGCGGCGUCGAGAUCGUCACGAACUUGUACCAGGACGAAUACGAGCUGCUGCUGCUGGAUGAUGAGUUUUCCCGCUAUGUGUUGUGCUUGUGCUGGCCGGAGGACUGA